UCGGCAUUCUGUGUUGAUUGUUGCGAGCCGUAACUACGGCCGGUCGGUUGGUGCCCCAGCCCCAAGGAUAAGCCGCAACAAACACCAAUGGCGCCGCCGCCGAUCCUGCUUUCGCUGCUGCUGCCGCUCCUCGUCGUGGCCGCCGAUGCCGUCACUCCUACGCUGAAGCCGCCGUCUAUCCUCGUGGCGGCUGGGAAUGACGACGCUGCCCCAGUCCCGACGCCGUGGCCGGAGCAGUUCCACGCGGUGAUGUUCACCAACCUGACCGAGAGCGGCGGCCAGCUGCAGGUCAUCGACCUCUACUACGACUGGCCCCGCGGCCGCAACCUCAACCUCAUCCGCAACCAGCUCUCCGGCGACCCCAAGUACGACGUGGAGUGGACCAACGGCACCUCCUACAUCUUCGACUCCGCCUCCUGCCGCACCAUACGCUUCCCCGUCGGCAUCCUGCCCCCGAACUGGCUCCACGGCGCCGUCUACCUCGGCCGCGAGAGCACGGACGGCUUCGACUGCCACGUCUGGACCAAGGUCGACUUCAUCUGGUACUACGAGGACGUCGUCACCCACCGACCCGUCCGCUGGAACUUCUACACUGGGAUGCAGCAGCAUGUGAUGAGCUUCGAGGUGGGCGGGGUACUAGAGGACUCCCACUGGCAGGCACCUGCGCAAUGUUUCACUGAUGAAGCCGCCACCGCCACUGCCACAAGAACUGAUGACGAGGCCAAUGUGAUGAGCAGCCUCCUCAGGUUCGCGGGGACGCCGGCAUCAGCAGCGGCCGUGUGAUUUGCAACUUACAGUAACAAUUGAUGAGAUGGCUUUCCAACAGCAAUCUGUUCCAUUUCCAUUUCACUAUGGCAGGUGCUAAGCUUGUAAGCCAUAUAUGUGUCUUGGAUCCUACUGUAAUAUGUGUCGUGCGAGCUUCUGUAAUAAGAUCUUAGCAAACCAUCUUCUCACAGCUUUGUGAUGACGCCUUGUUGGUCGAAAAUGUUUAUAAAGAAUAUUCACAUCUGAAGAAACAAA